GCAUACAUAUAGAAAUAAUCUACCAUCCCGUUGCUCUGAAAUUCGCCCAACCAGCUACCCAGGUAGCAGAGUGCGUGUAAAUAGCGGCGAUGACAUAAGGCUGAAAGCUAGCAGAAUAGGCGCGGCCAGACAAAUAGGUACCUUGGUACUUCCACAUUCUCGGCAAUCUACAACAUCAGCUCCGUUCCCGGAGAGCGAAGUUCCAGUAGCAAGCUCUGCGCUUGUAUCACCGUCGACCGUCGCAACUGGCAAUCAUAAGCCAACACUCAGCAGCCGUGCCCAUGGAUCAGAAGUGAAUCGUCACUGAAGAGACCGCUCAGACUGGGGAGUACAAGGACUCCAGCGUCUUAGUGCCAAUUAGUGACUCAAGCUUUAGAACCCCUAGAGUCAGCAGACUCACAUGACAGCACGAUCAUAUUGAUAUAUUUUCGUAACGACUCACGUGGAAGCGUCGUGGAGUCUACUUGGAUAGCCUUGACCUAAAUAAAUACAGGCGGGAAGGCCAGGGAGGGAAAAGAAGGCCUCAGGACAACAUGUCACAACCACAACGUGAAAAGCCAAGCCCCUUGCGGUCAAUUAUCGCGGGCGCGACGGCGGGCGCCAUCGAGAUCACCAUCACCUACCCGGCAGAAUUCGCGAAGACACGCACACAGCUGAAUCGGAAUUUGGCCUCGGGUGCCAAGCUGCCGUGGCCACCGUUCGGCGCCCAGUGGUACGCAGGCUGCACAACGCUCAUUAUCGGCAAUUCAGCCAAGGCAGCGAUACGCUUCGUCUCCUUUGAGCAGUACAAGCGCCUCCUAGCUGACGAGAACGGCCGCGUUUCGGGGCCGCGCAACGUUCUCGCCGGGUUUGGUGCCGGUGUCACUGAGUCCCUGCUCGCUGUCACUCCCACCGAAUCUAUCAAGACAACCCUGAUCGACGACCGCAAGUCCGCGAACCCACGCCUUAGGGGUUUCAUUCACGCCGUGCCCGUCAUUGCCCGCGAGCGCGGGAUCCGUGGCUUCUUCCAGGGUUUGGUACCAACUGCCGCCAGACAGAGCGCCAAUAGCGCCGUCCGCUUCGGCAGUUACACCUCGCUGAAGCAGCUCGCCGAAUCGUACACGGCGCCCGGCGAAAAGCUCGGUUCAGUCGCCACCUUUGGGAUAGGUAGCGUUGCUGGUGCCAUCACGGUAGCUGUCACGCAGCCGCUUGACACUAUCAAGACGCGCAUGCAGAGUAUCGAGGCGCGCUCGGUGUAUGGGAACAGCUUUCGCUGCGCCGCGCUCAUCUUCAAGCACGAGGGCGUGCUGACGUUCUGGAGUGGUGCGUUACCUAGACUUGCCAGGCUUGUGCUGAGUGGUGGCAUUGUUUUCUCCAUGUAUGAGAAGAGCAUGGAGCUUAUGAAUCGCUUGGACCCUGAGAAGAAAUAUAUAUAGGGGAAGAAGCCAUGCAGAAAGGCAUGGAAGGCAGGGGCGAAGAAAAACAGGGCGUGCAUCUAGAUACCCAGCAAAGAGGCGCCAGUGUCGUGGUCUGUAUAUAUAUGCUAGACGGAUAAAUGAAUACAUCACGGUAUCAUUAGACUGUAUACUUGAUAUAGACGAUUCUACAGCU